GGUGGCUUCCCUGAAGUGGUUCAGUGGUGCGUGCAACCCCACAGAUCCUGCUCCCUCCAGCUAUGACUCCCCAAAUUCUUCUGUUAACAGCCUUGACCUUAUUAUGUCAUGGGUUCAACCUGGACACUAAACAUUCAACGCUCUUCCAAGAGAACGCAAGGGGCUUCGGGCAGAGUGUGGUCCAGCUUGAGGGAUCCCGGUUGGUGGUCGGAGCCCCCCAGGAGAUAAAGGCUGCCAACCAAACAGGUGGCCUCUACCAGUGUGACUACAGCACGAACAAGUGUGAGCCUAUCCCAGUGCAGGUCCCCCAGGAGGCAGUGAACAUGUCUCUGGGCCUGUCCCUGGCAUUUGCCGCCAACCCUUUCCGACUGCUGGCCUGUGGCCCCACGGCGCACCAAACUUGUAAGGAGAACACCUAUGUGAAUGGCUUAUGCUUCCUCUUUGGAUCCAAUCUACGGCAGCAGCCCCAGAGUUUCCCAGAGAACCUCAGAGAGUGCCCUCGGCAAGACAGUGAUAUUGCCUUCUUGAUUGAUGGUUCUGGGAGCAUCAUCCCAAACGACUUUCAGCGGAUGAAGGAUUUUGUCUCAACUGUGAUGGAUCAAUUCAAGAAAUCCCAAACCUUGUUUUCUUUGAUGCAGUACUCUGAAGAUUUCCAGACUCAUUUCACCUUUAAUGAUUUCAAGAAAAACCCUAACCCAGCAGCGCUGGUGAGGCCAAUAAAACAGUUGAUCGGGAGGACGCACACUGCCACAGCAAUCCGCAAAGUAGUAAGAGAACUGUUUCAGAGCAGCAGUGGAGCCCGGGAGAAUGCUUUUAAGAUUUUAGUAGUCAUCACGGAUGGAGAAAAGUAUGGUGAUCCCUUGGAGUACGAGGAUGUCAUUCCUGAAGCGGACAGAGAGGGGAUCAUUCGCUAUGUCAUUGGGGUGGGAAGUGCUUUCAACAAUCAGAGACAUCUUGAAGAACUUCGUACCAUUGCAUCCAAGCCUUCUCGUGAUCAUGUGUUCCGGGUGGAUAACUUUGAAGCUCUGAAGACCAUUCAAGACCAGCUUCAGGAAAAGAUCUUUGCAAUUGAGGGGACUCAGACAGGAAGUACCAGCUCCUUUGAACAUGAGAUGUCUCAGGAAGGCUUCAGUGCUGUCAUCACCUCUGGUGGUCUCUUGCUAGGUGCUGUGGGAAGCUUUGACUGGGCUGGUGGAGCUUUUCUACAUACGUCAAAGGAUAAAUUCACCUUCAUCAACACAACCAGGGUAGAUUCAGACAUGAACGAUGCUUACUUGGGUUAUGCGGCUGAAGUCAUCUGGAGGAGUAGGAUGCAAAAAAACGUGGUUCUUGGAGCACCUCGAUAUCAGCACACUGGCCUAGUGGUGAUGUUCAAAGAGAAUGCUGGUACCUGGGAGAGCAGCGCUGUUAUCAAGGGCAGCCAGAUUGGCUCCUACUUUGGGGCCUCCCUCUGCUCUGUGGACAUGGAGAAAGAUGGCAGCUCUGACCUGGUCCUCAUUGGGGCCCCCUAUUACUACGAGCAGACAAGGGGGGGCCAGGUGUCUGUAUGCCCCUUGCCUAGGGGGAGGGCUAGGUGGCAGUGUGAAGCUGUUCUCCAUGGGGAACAAGGCCACCCCUGGGGCCGCUUUGGGGCAGCCCUGACAAUGCUGGGAGACGUGAAUGGAGACAAGCUGACAGAUGUAGCAAUUGGGGCCCCAGGAGAGCAGGAGAACCGGGGUGCUGUUUACCUAUUUCAUGGAACCUCAAGACCGGGCAUUAGCCCUUCCUACAGCCAGCGGAUUGAAAGCUCCCAGCUCUCCCCGACGCUCCAAUAUUUUGGUCAGUCACUGAGUGGGGGCCAGGACCUCACAAUGGAUGGACUGGUGGACCUGGCUGUAGGGGCCCAAGGCCAUGUGUUCCUGCUUAGAUCCCAGCCUGUCCUGAGACUUGAGGUGACCAUGGAGUUCACACCCAAAGAAAUGGCAAGGAAUGUGUUUGAGUGUGGUGAAAAGGUGGUCAAAGAUCAGACUGCUGGGGAGGUCAGAGUUUGCCUCCGUGUCCGCAAGAAUACACGGGACAGGCUAAGAGAAGGAGAGAUUCAGAGCAACGUCACAUAUGAUCUGACUUUGGAUCCAAGUUUCUCACAUCCCCGAGUUGUCUUUGAAGAGACAAAGAACAGCACACGCAGACAGACAAGGAUCUUGCAGCUGAAUCAAGAAUGUGAGACCCUAAAACUACUGUUACUGUAUUGUAUAGAGGACUCGGUGAACCCCAUCAUCUUGCACUUCAACUUCUCUCUGGUGGGGAACCCCUUGUCCUUAUUCGGGAACCUCCAGCCAGUGCUGGCUUUGGAUGCUCAGAGAGUCUUCACAGCUUUGUUUCCCUUUGAGCAGAAUUGUGGCAGUGACAACAUCUGCCAUGAUGACCUCAGCAUCACCUUCACGUUUAUGGGUCUGGAUGCCGUGGUGGUGGGUGGUCCUCGAGACCUGAAUGUGACACUGACUGUGAGAAAUGAGGGCGAGGACUCCUACAGGACUCAAGUUACCUUCUUCUACCCACCUGGCUUGUCCUAUCGAACGGUGUCAGUGGCCCAGAGGCAGCGCUCACAGCGACCUUGGCGCCUGACUUGUCAGUCUGAAGACUCCGUCAAUGGGCCUGAGGCUUUGAAGAAUUGCAGUUGCAACAUAAACCACCCCAUCUUCCCAAACAACUCAGAGGUCACCUUUAAUAUCACAUUUGGUGUGGCAUCUGAUGCUUCCUUUGGAGAGAGACUACUGCUCAAGGCCAGUGUGACCAGUGAGAACAACACAACUAAGACCAACAAAACUGAAUUCCAACUGGAGCUGCCUGUGAAAUACACUAUCUUCGUGGUGGUCACCAGCCGUGAAGCUUCCACCAAAUAUCUCAACUUCACAGCCUCAGAGAAGACCAGCCAUAUUAUAGAGCACCAAUAUGAGUUCAACAACUUGGGGCAGAGGAGCCUCCCCAUCAGUGUGGUCUUCUGGGUGCCUAUCAAGCUGAACCAGGUGGCUGUGUGGGAUGACCUCCAGGUCACCUUCUUCCAGAACCUCUCCAGAACAUGCCACACCACGGAGAAGGCUCCCCCUCUCUCUGACUUCAUGACAGAGCUUAAGAAGGCCCCGGUGGUGAACUGCUCCAUUGCUGUCUGCCAGAGAAUCCAGUGUGACCUCCCAUCCUUCGGCAUCCAGGAAAAAGUCAACAUUACCCUCCAAGGCAAACUCUUGUUUGACUGGUAUAUCAAGACUUCGGCAAACUACCUCCAGGUUGUGAGCAUGGCAGAGGUCUUGUUUAAUGAUUCGAAGUUUGCCGUGCUUCCAGGACAGGAGGCAUUUCUGAGAGCCCAGACAGAAACCAAAGUGGAGCCAAAUGAAGUGCACAACCCUUUACCACUUAUAGUGGGCAGCUCAGUGGGGGGGCUGGUGCUUCUGGCCCUCAUCACUGCUGGACUGUACAAGCUUGGCUUCUUCAAACGGCAGUACAAGGACAUGAUGGGUGAAGCUGGUCCCAAUGCCCAGCCCCAGUAACAACUCCUUCCCCGUUGAGUGGCCUCUCCUGCAGCAAGUAGGACUUUGGUCCAACCAGCAUGCGGGUCUCCAGCUGUUAGACAGACUCAGCUAUUAGGAGAGUGGGGUGGCAGCAUCUUAUUCAAGAAAGAACAGCUUGGGUUUCCAUUCCUGUGCGUGUAUGUUUGUACAAGUGUGUGUGUAAGCAUAUGCAUGAGUUGUGUGUGUGAUUUAGAUGUAUUUUGCAUGAGGAUGAGUGCCUUCAGUACAACCUCUCAGGCAGAAGAGAAUUCUUUAGGCUUCUUUGUGUAUGGGUGAAGGUGCCUUUGGGCCUUCCUCUUGACAGAAGUGAUGGCAGCUUUUGUGGGUGAAGAUAAAGGGAAAUGCAACAGAUCCUGCUCCUGCUGAAGGAAGCAAGACCUCCUUUCAUGGGUGAGGACACAGACCCACAGGAGCCUUUGCAGCUGAAUCAAGACCACAUGGAGGAGCCAUGGUGCAGCCAGGAUCUGAUCAGCCACCAGGAGCCUGUGCACUCAUUCCAUACUAGAGCUACAUAAGGUCCAAUGAACAAUGGUGCACCUCCUUUUAUGUAUACAUUUACUUAUUAUUUUAAUAUUACUUUUAUUUUUUGGAGGGGUAAAUCUAUCAAUAGUACAAAAAUCAAAAGAUGAGCAAGAAAGAAUGGUGAAAAGUUUCCCUUCCAUCCUGGUCUCCGCAGCCACCCAAGUCCUUCCUAAGGGGCUACAAGGUUAUGUUUUUGGGGUCUCCUUCACAAAGAUCCUAAGCGUAUGCAAACAUACACACACACACACACACACACACACACACACACACACACACAGGCUUUUUUACACAAAUGGUAACAGGUGAUAUUUAUACUGUUCUGCAUCUUGCUUUAUUCAUCAAUAUAGCUUGGGAGUUUUAUAUCAAGAUAUUUUUUCAUUCUUCUAUACAGCUGUGUAGUAUCCCAUUGUGUGGGUAGAUCAUGAUGUAUUCAACCAGUUUCUUUUCAGUAUAUUAUUUCCAACUUCUUGCAAUCACAAACAAUGAUAAAUUAAUAAAUUGAAUAUAUGUCA